AUGUCAAACCUAAAAGAUAACAGAGAAUUUAAUUUUGCAACCCGAUUCGUCAAACUUGGGCAGUCACUGCCAUACAUCAUUGCGCCUGCCCUUUUUUUGUCAAUCCUAAUGCAAAAAUUCAUAAAUUUGGACAAAUUAGAUAAAGAUGCCUUAUUUUGGUCCCAAGUAUGCUUCAGCUCAAACCUCUGCUACUACGUCUAUAGACAACCAAAUACGCCACAACAUCGCCCGUCAGUAGAAGCGCAAGACGAGAAGACAAAUUGACGAGAUAUGAAGAAGUGGCCUUGUGCGAUAGGCUGAGAAGGCAUGUGAUUGUGGAGUGAUAUUGGAGAGGUAACUUCAAUUGUAGGUUUGGGAAGGAGUUACUAGUUGUUCUAUAAAACAUGUCCCCCUGUUACUCCCACUUGUAUCCACCUCAUGAGAGAAACGCAAAUAAAGCAUGAAAACUGUAGACUGUGCCACUUCAUUCAAUCGUGCUCUUAACGCCUGUAGCGGCAAGGAAAAAGUCUUGAACGGCUGUAGUAUAAUUCCGCAGGUAUAAUGACACUCGGUUCUAAGUUGAGGCACCCCAAUUUCGGACCAACCUUUUUUGGAUCAGCAUUAUACGCCAAAAAUGAUCUUCUUGACCUAUCAACAACUCUAUAAGUGUUGGGCCUUAUGGUAUGAGAUUUUCCAUUUAGAAUUCUUGUAAAUUCAAAAAGCGAAUAUGAAUGAUACCGGGCUGCUAGGGAAUGAGACCAUGGUGCGGCUAUCCGUUGAUUCAACCAUUGCGACCAACGAAAGCAUUCCUCAGCUCUCCGCUGAGUCAGAUCAUACUGAUAAGGUACCCGACUAUUGCCGUGAAGCUCGGGGGGCAUGAGGUUAACUUGUUGUGCUUUUAGAUACACGAUUGCGUAGCCUGAGGUCAGAUUUUUCAAACAUAGUGUAUGUGUUCAUUUUAAAAUCCAAAUAGAAAGAGAAGAUUUUGGGCAUGAAAACAAAUCUCUUUAGAAUUGAAGUCGUUCUUCAUAUCACCAAAAACUACAUUUGAUAUAUGUUUGUAAUAAGAAGUAAGGCUAUUGAAUAUAUAUCUGAUUUACCACAUAGGAAAAGUUAAGACAAUAGCCGAAAACAAAGCUAUCAUCCCCCUUUUCCUACUAGAUCAGAUUACAGAUCAACUAUUCAUUGAAUUGGCCUUGUAAUAACAAUUUGGCCGCUCUUAAUCUAUAGCUACCUAGGUAUAUAGCGAUAUGUUUGAAGGUAACUUUGUCAAAAUUGGAAAGCUUUUUGAUAAACUUAUUGUGUCUCCUUGUCCUCGUCCGCACUUUAUGCGAGUCGUCUUUCAUAUGGGCUGACUGAUAGUGUGCAAACUACUGCUGUUCAGCAUGUUAUUACAAGAGUUGAAUGAUGGAGCAUCAUCUUUUAAAGAUCCAUCUUCUUUCUCCCGAUAAAUGUACUGGAUUCGUUGAGAAAAAGCUGCGUCGAGAGAAUAUAUAGUUUGACAUUCAAAAAAGAGUCCGACUUCCGCUUAAAAAUAAAAAAAAUUAUUCAGUAGGCUCAGCACGGAUUUGUAUAGUCAAACUCGUCCUUAGCUCUUGGAAUGAUAUAGCGACUUCCAAUCGAUCACUUGAACAAAUAGGAUACAACAAUA